AAGUCCGGCCAAAUGCAGCUGGUGUUGUUUCCGCAAAGUCACAAGUAGACUCGAGAGUUUAUUUAUUUUUUUACAACAGCCGGCGAUAAACAAACCAACACGUUCUUUAGCUUACAUUUACAAGACAACAACGAAACAUGUCCAUGUUGACAUAUUAAUCUGUUCCCAAAAUGAGCGCGAGUUGUUUAAUGACGGGGAAAUAUUUCUAAGUUACAGGAUAACAAGUUAGUCAGCGCAGUUUGUCAUAUAUAAUCUACAGAUUAUAUACUCUUCAAUUCAACACAUUAACUAAGUAUAAUUUACUUUACGUUUGGGAGUUGGAAAGUGUUUUCCAUCAUGCAGCAGUCAGUAAAUGAGGACACUGAAGCCACAGUGGACGUUCACUUUACCGACCUGCUUGAUUCACUGCUGGCCUGGAAAGUUCCUGUGGAAAUUUUUAUCACUGACAGCCCUUUAAGAACCAGUUUUGAGGAACUGUUCCGUGCCUUUGACCAAAACGUCACCUUUCAGUUCUUCAAGAGUUUCCGACGGGUGAGGAUUAACUUUAGCAAUGCUCUGGCAGCAGCGGAGGCCAGAGCUAAACUUCACAAAAGUGACUUCAACGGGAGGGAAGUGCGACUUUGUUUUGCCCAGUCUGUGCACAUUGGCAGUCCACGCCUGGAACCUCCUAAACCAGACAAGCAGUUUCUCCUAUCACCUCCUCCAUCACCUCCUGUGGGUUGGGAGCAGGCCAAGGACUCAACACCUGUCAUAAACUACGAGCUGCUGUGUGCCAUCGCCAGACUUGGGCCAGGCGAAAAGUAUGAACUCCAACCAGGAACCCCCACUACGCCCAGUGUGGUCGUACACGUUUGCGAGAACGACCAGGACAGCUCUGAAAACGAGAAGGACGUGGAGGAAGGCAGACGUGCUCGUCCGAAAAUCAUCCAGACCCGCCGUCCCGAAUACACGUCUUCUGUCAAGCAGUGAGCUUGGGGAUCCUGUCAUUGUGCCAUAACUUUUACUUUACUGUUACAAGGGCCCUCCGGGGGGAGGGGGGUGCGCCAUGGCAUGCAGUCGGACGCCACCAGAGGACGCCUUAAGACAGAGCUCGGCCCUGUUCAGAGGGACGAAACGUCCACCAUCUGACAAGGGAAGGGGUUCAUUGCAUGACUUCAUUGGUAAAAUGACUCAUUCUCUGAGUGUCUUAGUGACUGAGAACAUGAGUCUACUUUAGUGUAUUCAUUUUUUUUUUUUUUGUAGCUUGAGAGGCAUGUUGUGUCCCAGUCAGCGUGUGUGCUGAUUUUAUGAUUAAGUUGUAUUGCCUUUAGUGGUGCUUGACAUUUACAGGCUCAUGUUUAAAUAAACGUCUAUGAGCACUGCAAGAUCAUUGCUCAGUAUUUGAGUGAGAUACUGGAACUUGAAUGAGACGAAAUGCUUGACUGUACAAUUUGAGUUUUGUAUUGUUGUCCUGGUGUGUUUCAUGUGACGUUUCAUAUCUUGUUCCACUAUGUGCCUCAACAUUUUCCAAAAUAACAGAAGCAUAACUAAAUAAUGUAGUAUAACUGGGUCACAUCAUAUAUUCAGCUAGAUCAUUUAUUUAUCCUUUUUUUGUGCUUUAAUUUUCAGUUUGUUUGGGGAUAAGUGGGUUUUGAUUCCUUUAACAAAACUAACUGUAUGUUCAAAAGACUGACAUCUUAACCUGGUUAAAGCUUCAUUCAGUUUCGUGCACUUCUGAUAUUUCAUCACUUAGGACCAUAACACUGUAACGUAGUUUUCAGUCUUUAUGGAGGACUGUUACGCUAUUUACCAGAAAGAGCACAAUUUUUUGUUAUUAAAUUAGCUUAGUAAUGUAUUUCCGAAGCCUUCAAUUGUUUGUUAUGUAUAUAUGAAAUAUGCUUUUAUUUUUAAACUUAGUUUUGAAAAUGUUACAGAUUUGGCAAUAGCUUGGGUGUUUGUUCUGUCAUACAAAAAUGAUAAUAAAAACAGGCAUUUCAUGACAUUUAAA